AUGAUACAGAUCGUCAUUUUGAUGAUCCGCUGUAUAGCUGAAUUGGCUAUAAAUCGUAUCUCUAAAGAAAAUGACUAUACGGCGUAUAGUCAUAAUAACGAUAAGUAUCCUCAUUCUAACGAUAUUGUUUUCUCCGUGUAUGAGUUGGCAGACAGAAACUCUCUCGCUACGCUAUCCGAGAUAAACUACUACGAAUGUCCUUUAGCACUUACAGAAACUCGGAGUUUACUGCUUUGCACGGCAAACACACACUAA